UGUUGUUUAUUUUUUUUCUAGAUAUGGCCGCGUGGAAAGUGUCAAAAUUCUCCCUAAGAGGGGAUCUGAAGGAGGAGUGGCUGCCUUUGUGGAUUUUGUGGACAUCAAAAGUGCACAGAAAGCUCACAACUCAGUCAACAAAAUGGGAGAUAGAGACCUACGCACGGAUUAUAAUGAACCAGGCACCAUUCCAAGUGCUGCUCGGGGAUUGGAUGAUACAGUUUCCAUAACAUCUCGUAGUAGAGAGGUUUCUGGGUUCAGAGGAGGUGGUGGAGGGCCUGCUUAUGGCCCUCCACCAUCACUUCAUGCACGAGAAGGACGUUAUGAGCGGAGACUUGAUGGGGCUUCAGAUAACAGGGAGCGUGCUUAUGAACAUAGUGCCUAUGGACACCAUGAACGGGGGACGGGAGGAUUUGAUCGGACAAGACAUUACGAUCAGGAUUACUAUAGAGAUCCUCGCGAACGGACUUUACAACAUGGGCUCUAUUAUUCUUCUCGGAGUCGAAGUCCAAACCGUUUUGAUGCUCAUGACCCCCGAUACGAACCUAGGGCUCGGGAGCAGUUUACGCUGCCCAGUGUGGUACACAGGGAUAUCUACAGGGAUGAUAUUACCCGGGAGGUACGAGGCAGAAGGCCUGAGCGGAAUUACCAGCACAGCAGGAGUCGGUCACCGCAUUCAUCCCAAUCUAGAAAUCAGUCUCCUCAGAGGCUGGCUAGCCGACUCACAAGGUCCCCUAGCGGCAGCGGCUCUAGGAGUAGAUCCUCCAGUAGUGAUUCAAUCAGCAGCAGCAGUAGUACCAGCAGUGACAGCACUGAUUCUAGCAGUAGUUCAAGUGAUGACUCUCCAGCCCGGUCAGUUCAAUCCGCAGCAGUCCCCGCACCCACUUCCCAGUUGCUUUCAUCCCUGGAAAAAGAUGAGCCCCGUAAAAGUUUUGGGAUCAAAGUUCAGAAUCUUCCAGUACGCUCUACAGAUACAAGCCUUAAAGAUGGCCUUUUCCAUGAAUUUAAGAAAUUUGGAAAGGUGACUUCAGUGCAAAUACAUGGAGCUUCAGAAGAGAGGUAUGGCCUGGUAUUCUUUCGACAGCAAGAGGACCAAGAAAAAGCAUUGACUGCAUCAAAAGGAAAACUUUUCUUUGGCAUGCAGAUUGAAGUAACAGCAUGGAUAGGGCCAGAAACAGAAAGUGAAAAUGAAUUUCGCCCUUUGGAUGAAAGGAUAGAUGAAUUUCAUCCCAAAGCAACAAGAACUCUCUUUAUUGGCAACCUUGAAAAAACCACUACUUACCAUGAUCUUCGAAACAUCUUCCAGCGCUUUGGUGAAAUUGUGGAUAUUGAUAUUAAAAAAGUUAAUGGAGUUCCUCAGUAUGCAUUUUUGCAAUACUGUGAUAUUGCCAGCGUUUGUAAGGCUAUUAAGAAGAUGGAUGGGGAAUACCUUGGAAAUAACCGCCUUAAGCUGGGUUUUGGAAAGAGCAUGCCUACAAACUGCGUGUGGUUAGAUGGGCUUUCUGCAAAUGUGUCGGAUCAAUAUUUAACACGACAUUUCUGCCGAUAUGGGCCUGUGAUAAAGGUGGUGUUUGACCGCUUAAAAGGCAUGGCCCUGAUUAUCUACAAUGAAAUUGAAUAUGCACAAGCAGCUGUAAAAGAGACCAAGGGGAGAAAAAUUGGUGGGAAUAAAAUUAAGGUGGAUUUUGCAAAUCGGGAAAGUCAGCUGGCAUUUUAUCACUGUAUGGAAAAAUCUGGUCAAGAUAUCAGAGACUUUUAUGAAAUGUUAAUGGAAAGAAGAGAGGAACGAAGGGGAUCUUAUGAUUAUAGCCAAGAUCGCACCUAUUAUGAGAAUGUUCGUACUCCAGGCACAUAUGCUGAGGAUUCUAGACGGGACUAUCCAGCUCGAGGGAGAGAAUUUUAUUCAGAAUGGGAAACUUACCAAGGAGACUAUUAUGAAUCUCGCUAUUAUGAUGAUCCUCGGGAAUACAGGGAUUACAGAAGUGAUCCUUAUGAACAAGAUAUUCGGGAUUACAGUUACAGGCAACGGGAACGAGAAAGAGAACGCGAAAGAUUUGAUCCUGACCGGGACAGAGACCAUGAGAGGAGGCCAAUUGAACGCAGUCAGAGUCCGGUGCACCUGCGGCGCCCACAGAGUCCUGGAACAUCUCCCUCACAGUCAGAGAGAUUACCAAGUGAUUCUGAGAGGAGGGUUUAUAGCCGGUCCUCAGAACGGAGUGGAAGCUGUAGCUCACUUUCCCCUCCAAGAUAUGAUAAACUUGACAAACCUCGUUUGGAACGCUAUACAAAAAAUGAAAAGACAGAUAAAGAACGAACUUUUGAUCCUGAGAGAGUGGAAAGAGAGAGACGCUUAAUAAGGAAGGAGAAAGUGGAAAAGGACAAAACUGACAAGCAGAAACGAAAAGGAAAAGUUCAUUCCCCAAGUUCCCAAUCUUCAGAAACAGACCAAGAAAAUGAAAGAGAACAGAGCCCUGAAAAAUCAAGGAGUUUUAAUAAACUGAGCAGAGAGAAAGCUGACAAAGAAGGAAUAGCAAAAAACCGCUUAGAACUCAUGCCUUGUGUGGUUUUGACUCGAGUGAAAGAAAAAGAGGGGAAGGUGAUUGACCACACUCCAUUGGAAAAGCUGAAAGCCAAGCUUGAUAAUGACACUGUUAAGUCUUCUGCCAUAGAUCAGAAACUGCAAGUUUCUCACAUGGAGCCUGCAAAAUCUGACUUAUCUAAACUGGAAUCUGUCAGAAUGAAAGUGCCAAAGGAAAAGGCACUUUCAAGCCACAUAGAAGUGGUAGAUAAGGAAGGCAGGCUUAAAACCCGGAAGCACCUAAAACCAGAGCAGUCUGCUGAUGGGGUAAGUGCUGUGGAUUUGGAGAAGCUGGAAGCAAGGAAAAGGCGUUUUGCAGAUUCCAAUUUGAAAGCAGAAAGGCAAAAAUCAGAAGUCAAGAAAAGUAGUCCAGAGAUGGAGGAUGCUCGGGUGCUUUUAAAAAAGCAGCUUGACACGCCAUCUAAAGAUGUCACUCAGUUGAAGGAAGGAGAGUCUGAGAGAAAGCCCAUGAGGAAAGAAAUUCUUAAAAGAGACUCUAAAAAAAUCAAACUAGACAGACUUAAUGCUGUUCCCAGCCCCAAAGACUGUCAGGAACUUGUCAGUAUUUCUGUUGGGACUGGCUCAAGACCCAUCUCAGACCUGCAAGCAAGGCUUGGAGAAUCAGUAGGUGAAUCUGCGGAAAAUCAAGAAAUUCAGCCAAAAAAACCUACUCCCUCCAAACCACAGCUCAAACAGCUGCAGUUAUUAGAUGAGCAAGGACCAGAGAGAGAAGAUAUUAGGAAAAACUAUUGCAGUCUUCGUGAUGAAGCACUUGAAUGUAAAUCAGGCCAAGAGAAACCACAUUCAGUAAAUACUGAAGAAAAAAUUGGCAUUGAUAUUGAUUACACGCAGAGUUACCGAAAACAAAUGGAGCAGAGUCGUAGAAAACAGCAGAUGGAGAUGGAAAUAGCCAAGUCUGAGAAGUUUGGCAGUCCUAAAAAAGAUGUAGAUGACUAUGAAAGGCGUAGUCUUGUUCAUGAGGUAGGUAAACCCCCUCAAGAUGUCACUGAUGACUCUCCUCCCAGCAAAAAGAAAAGGAUGGAUCAUGUUGAUUUUGAUAUCUGCACCAAGAGAGAGAGGAAUUACAGAAGUUCACGCCAAAUCAGCGAAGAUUCUGAAAGGACUGGUUGUUCUCCCAGUAUCCGACAUGGUUCCUUCCACGAGGAAGAUGACCCCAUAGGCUCUCCUAGGCUAAUGUCAGUAAAAGGGUCUCCUAAAGUAGAUGAAAAGGGACUCCCUUAUUCUAAUAUGACAGUCAGAGAAGAAUCCUUAAAAUUUAAUCCUUACGAUUCCAGCAAGAGAGAACAGAUGGCAGACAUGGCCAAAAUAAAACUAACUGUCUUGAAUUCUGAAGAUGAACUAAAUCAGUGGGACUCGCAAAUGAAGCAAGAUGCCAGCAGAUUUGAUGUGAGUUUCCCAAACAGCAUAAUUAAGAGGGACAGCCUUCGAAAGAGGUCUGUACGCGACUUAGAACCUGGCGAGGUGCCUUCUGAUUCUGAUGAAGAUGUUGAACACAAAUCCCACUCACCCAGAGCGUCGGCAUUAUAUGAAAGUUCUCGAUUAUCUUUUUUAUUGAGGGAUAGAGAAGACAAACUACGUGAGCGAGAUGAAAGAUUCUCUAGUUCUUUAGAAAGGAACAAAUUUUAUUCUUUUGCAUUGGAUAAGACAAUCACCCCAGACACUAAGGCUUUGCUUGAAAGAGCUAAAUCCCUCUCUUCAUCUCGAGAAGAAAAUUGGUCUUUUCUUGAUUGGGACUCUCGAUUUGCUAAUUUUCGAAACAACAAAGAUAAAGAAAAAGUUGACUCUGCUCCAAGACCUAUUCCAUCUUGGUACAUGAAAAAGAAGAAAAUUCGGACUGAUUCAGAAGGAAAAAUUGAUGAUAAAAAAGAUGAUCAUAAAGAAGAAGAACAGGAAAGGCAAGAAUUAUUUGCUUCUCGUUUUUUACAUAGCUCAAUCUUUGAACAAGAUUCCAAGCGCUUACAGCACCUAGAGAGAAAAGAUGAGGAAUCUGACUUCAUUUCUGGUAGGUUAUAUGGAAGGCAGACAUCUGAUGGAGUGAACAGCACAACUGAUUUGAUUCAAGAGCCAGUAGUUCUUUUCCAUAGCAGAUUUAUGGAACUCACACGAAUGCAACAGAAAGAAAAAGAAAAAGACCAAAAACCUAAAGAGGCUGAAAAACAGGAAGAUACAGAGGAUCAUCCCAAGACCCCAGAAUCUGCUUCUGAGAAUAAAGAGUCAGAACUGAAAACCCCAUCUUCGACUGGGCCUCCUUGUGUCACUGUUUUAACUCCAGAGUCAGCAUCAUUGCCACUGGAGAAGACAGCCGGUGAUAAAACAGGAGAGCUGCUUUCAGUGACAGAAGAGAAGACCAUGGAGCCAGUCUCUGUCUCAGAAGAAGCAAAACCUGCAUCUGAACUGGCUCCCCUUGUUGUGGAACAACCUGAACAGGCCGACUUGCCCCCAGGAGUGGACGCUGAGAAGGAUGCUGCCGGGACUCCUUUAGUUGGAGAAAGUUCAUCAGUUGACCAGCUGCCUUAUCUGGAUGCCAAGCCUCCAACUCCUGGGGCCUCAUUUUCCCAUGCAGAGAUCAGUGGGGACCCAGAACCUGACAAUACCCAACCACUUUCAAAACCGACUCAGAAGCCUAAGGAAGCUGAUGAGCCAAAAGUGGACAAGCCAGACCCUACUGCUAGUGUUGAGCCCAUUGCAAAUCAGAAAGCUGAAGUUGUUGCUGAGGUUCAGCCUCAAGCUUCCGAAGGUGUAGAGGUUGAUCCUCCAGUUGCUACAAAAGAUAAAAAGCCAAACAAAAGUAAACGUUCCAAGACCCCCAUACAGGCAGCUGUAGCAAGUAUUGUGGAGAAGCCCGUCACAAGGAAGAGUGAGAGGAUAGACCGGGAAAAACUCAAGAGGUCCAAUUCUCCUCGGGGAGAAGCCCAGAAGCUCUUAGAGUUGAAGAUGGAGGCCGAGAAGAUUACAAGGGCUGCCUCUAAAAACUCAGCCCCGGACACUGAACACCCUGAGCCAAGUUUGCCCCUCAGCCGAACCAGGCGCCGGAAUGUAAGGAGUGUCUAUGCAACCAUGGGUGACCACGAAAGCCGCUCUCCAGUCAAGGAGCCCAUCGAGCAACCGAGAGUGACCAGGAAGAGAUUGGAGCGGGAGCUUCAGGAGGCCGUGGCAGUUCCUACUACCCCUCGGAGGGGAAGGCCUCCAAAAACACGCCGUCGAGCUGAAGAAGAAGAGGAGACUGAGGCGAAAGAGCCAGUUGAAACACUUAAACCAGCUGAGGGAUGGAGAUCCCCACGGUCCCAAAAAUCAGUAGCUGCUGGUGGCCCACAUGGGAAAAGGGGGAAAAAUGAACCUAAAGUUGAUGUUGAACGUCCUGAGACCACCACUGAGGUGAGUCCCCAAGUAAAUGUGAAAGAAAAUAAUACAAAAUCUAAGACUGAUAAAGAAGCAGCAGGAAGUGAAUCGAAAAGAGACAAAAAAGAAAUUGGCACAGACAAAACUCCACUUGAAACCCCCCCAGUUGAAGUGGUAGAGAAAAAAACAGCCCCUGAAAAAAAUUCCAAAUCAAAGAGAGGAAGAUCUCGAAACUCUAGGUCAGCAGUGGACAAAUCUGCAAAUCUGAAAACCGUAGAGUCCAGUGUAAGUCCCACUGUGGCUCUGGGCCCUGCAGGGCUGGCUGUGGAGAAAGAAGCUGGGGUUGUGGCAGUCUCCCCUGAAAAGAGUGGGAGUCUACCCAAGGAGGGUCUUUCAUCCCAGGUGAACUGUGAUCCAGCUGGUCCAGACAAGGAGCCAGAGAAGGAAGAUCUGUCUGCCCCUAAGCUGUCCCCAGAAGCAAAUCAGUUAGCCAAGCAGAUGGAGCUGGAGCAGGCCGUGGAGAACAUCGAAAAGCUCACUGAAACCUCUGCCUCCGCGGCUUUCAAGGCAGCAGCCACAGAUGCACCAGAGGGCCUUUCCACAGAGGACAGGGACAAGCCUGCACACCAAGCGAGCGAAACAGAACUGGCUGCGGCCAUUGGCUCCAUCAUCAAUGAUAUUUCUGGGGAGCCAGAAAACUUCCCAGCACCUCCACCUUACCCUGCAGAAUCUCAGACAGACCUGCAGCCCCACUCACAAGAGCUGCAGACUCCUGAGGAGGGAAUGGAGCCUGAGACCAAUGAGGCUGUGUCUGGCAUCUGGGAGACUGAGGCUACUACAGAAUCUUCUGGCCCACAAGUCAGUGCCCCUAACCCUUCCGCAGGCCCAGCAGAUACCAAGGAAGCUGGAGGGAAUAGCAGCGAAACCUCCCACCCAGUGCUGGAAACUAAGGGAUCCAAAGAAGCUGAAGUGGCUCUCCCUCGGAAAGACAAAGGGCGCCAUAAAACAACUAGAUCACGCCGCAAACGGAAUACAAACAAGAAAACGGGGGCUACUGCAGAGAAAACGGGGGCUACUGCAGAGACCCGUGUCUCACAACCCAACCAAGUUCAAAGCAAUAAUCCUGCCACAAAUGAGGGGACAAUGGUACAACCCCCAGAAGCUCCACAAGAAGAAAAGCAGAGUGAAAAGCCCCAGGUCACUCCUCCGGAGACAUGUGCUUCUGACCCAAGUGAGACUCCAUCCAGGGAAAAUUUGUCCCAAGAAAGCAGUGUUGAAGAAAAGACUCCAACCAAAAGGACUGUGCUCCCAGACCCUCUCCCUCCCUCCCAGCCAGUAUUGGUGGACAGUGAGCCCCAAGCCAGAUUCAAGGUGCAUUCCAUCAUUGAAAGUGAUCCAGUGACCCCACCCAGUGAUUCAAGCAUACCUACCCCUACAAUUCCUUCUGUAACUGCAGCAAAGCUCCCACCCCCACUGACCUCUGGGGGGAUCCCACACCAGAGUCCCCCUACUAAGGUGACAGAGUGGAUCACAAGACAGGAGGAACCUCGGGCUCAGUCCACCCCAUCUCCAGCUCUUCCCCCAGACACAAAAGCCUCUGACAUUGACACCAGCUCCAGUACGCUGAGAAAGAUUCUCAUGGACCCCAAAUAUGUAUCUGCCGCAGGCAUCACUUCCACGAGUGUCACCGCUGCCAUUGCAGAGCCUGUCAGUGCUGCUCCUUGUCUGCAUGAGGCACCAACCCCUCCAGCUGAACCUAAACAGCCUCUUUUAGAAGAAAAACCAGGAGCUCCAGUAACUGGUGCUUCUGACACCCAGGCCUCAGAGGUUCCAGUAGCCACUGACAAAGAAAAGGUGGCUCCAGUCAUUGCUCCCAAAAUUACUUCUGUUAUUAGCCGGAUGCCUGUCAGCAUUGAUUUGGAGAAUUCGCAAAAGAUAACUCUGGCAAAACCAGCUCCUCAAACCCUGACUGGCCUGGUGAGCGCCCUGACCGGCCUGGUAAAUGUCUCCUUGGUCCCAGUGAAUGCACUGACUGGCCCAGUGAAUGCCCUGAAAGGCCCUGUGAAGGGCUCAGUGACGACACUGAAAGGUUUGGUGAACACUUCUGCUGGCCCCGUCAAUGUCCUAAAGGGGCCAGUAAAUGUUCUGACAGGGCCAGUGAACGUUCUCACCACUCCGGUGAAUGCUACUGUGGGCACAGUGAACACUGCCACAGGUGUGGUGAAUGCCGCUUCGGCUGCAGUGAGCGCUACAGCGGCGGCAGUGAGUGCUUCAGCGGGUACAGUGACAGUCACAGCAGGUGCAGUGACUGCUGCGUCUGGUGUUGCGACUGCCACCACAACAGGUGCAUUGACUGUGGCAGGUGCCGUGAUUGCACCACCAGCAAAGUGCAAGCAGAGAUCAAGCACUAACGAAAACAUUCGGUUCCACCCAGGGUCUAUGUCUGUGAUUGACGAGCGUCCAGCAGACUCAGGCUCUGGAGCUGGGCUGCGUGUGAACACUUCUGAAGGAGUUGUGCUCCUGAGCUAUUCGGGGCAGAAGACUGAAGGCCCACAGCGGAUCAGCGCCAAGAUUAGCCAGAUCCCCCCAGCGAGUGCCAUGGACAUUGAAUUUCAACAGUCGGUAUCCAAGUCCCAGGUCAAACCUGAUUCUGUUGCACCAUCACAGCCACCACCCAAAGGCCCUCAGACUCCUUCAGGCUAUGCAAAUGUGGCCACCCACUCAACUCUAGUACUAACUGCCCAGACAUAUAAUGCAUCUCCGGUGAUUUCAUCUGUUAAAGCCGACCGUCCUUCCUUGGAGAAACCUGAGCCCCUUCACCUCUCUGUGUCCACCCCUGUCACCCAGGGUGGCACAGUGAAGGUUCUCACCCAGGGCAUAAACACAUCCCCAGUGCUGGUUCACAACCAGUUGGUUCUCACCCCAAGCAUAGUUACCACUAAUAAAAAGCUUGCUGACCCUGUCACUCUCAAAAUAGAGACUAAGGUCCUUCAGCCGGCUAACCUGGGGUCUGCUCUCACUCCCCACCACCCUCCUGCUCUGCCCAGCAAACUGCCUGCAGAAGCAAACCACAUCACCUCAGGGCCCAGCACCCCAACAGAUCGAACUGUCUCCCAUUUGGCCGCCACAAAGCCAGACGCACAUUCUCCUCGACCCAGUGGGCCUGCUCCAUCUCUUUUCCCAAGGGCAUGCCACCCCAGCAGGACCACGUCCACUGCGCUCUCCACUAAUGCCACAGUCAUGCUGGCUGCAGGCAUUCCUGUGCCUCAGUUCAUCUCCAGCAUACACCCAGAGCAGUCUGUCAUCAUGCCACCCCACAGCAUCACCCAGACUGUCUCCCUUAGUCAUCUGUCCCAGGGUGAAGUGAGAAUGAACACGCCCACACUGCCUAGCAUCACCUACAGCAUCCGGCCAGAGGCACUUCACUCACCUCGGGCCCCUCUGCAACCCCAGCAAAUAGAGGUCAGGGCUCCACAGCGGGCAGGCACGCCCCAGCCAGCCACAGCUGGUGUGUCCUCCCUGGCCUCCCAACACGCUCCAGAGGAAGAAGUGCAUUAUCACCUCCCUGUUGCUCGAGCCGCAGCCCCUGUGCAGUCGGAAGUACUGGUCAUGCAGUCCGAGUACCGACUGCACCCAUACACUGUGCCCCGGGACGUGAGGAUCAUGGUGCACCCUCAUGUGACAGCAGUCAGUGAGCAGCCCCGGGCAGCAGAUAGUAUAGUGAAGGUGCCACCAGCCAGCAAGGCCCCUCAGCAGCCAGGGAAAGAAGCUGCCAAGAUGACAGAUGCCAAAGCAGCCCCUGCCCCUCACAGCGAGGCCCGAAUCCUUACAGUCACCCCCAGCAACCAGCUCCAAGGGCUGCCUCUGAGCCCGCCUGUGGUGGUGACCCAUGGGGUGCAGAUCGUACACUCCAGUGGGGGUGGAGUCAAGAAUAUUUGUCUGCUGCUGGCUCUGCCCUGUGGCCGUGACCAAGAGGAUGUCGUGAGCCAGACCGAAUCCCUCAAGGCUGCCUUCAUCACCUAUCUACAGGCCAAGCAGGCGGCAGGGAUCAUCAAUGUUCCUAACCCUGGCUCCAAUCAGCCUGCCUACGUGCUGCAGAUCUUCCCACCCUGCGAGUUCUCGGAGAGUCACCUGUCCCGUCUGGCCCCUGACCUUCUGGCCAGCAUUUCCAACAUUUCUCCCCACCUCAUGAUUGUCAUUGCCUCUGUGUGAGCCACUGGUCAGUCAACGACUCAGUGUAUUUUCCCGAGGCUCUGCAGCAAAAACACACACAGGACAACCCAGCCAAGUGGAGGAAGAAGCUGCCGAAGGGGACAGACUCCACUGCCAGACGGCCAGCCUUGCCCUCCUGGCCUGCCGGCCCAGCUCAGGCGGACAGACCCUUCUGGGCAGUGGUGCUGCUACUAUGUAUGUUUACAAGACAUUUAGCCCAAGGACAGACCACCAACCGAUGGACUUGCAGACACCUUGGGGCUGGGUUUCUCCUCUUUUUGGAGAAAAGGAACAGGGCAGUGGAAUUAAAUUUUUUUGUUUUUGUUUUUAAGAAACAAGAAAACAGAACUGCCUUUGCACUAAAUUAGUGACUUGGACUUUUGCAUAGUGAAGACAGGCUGUGGCACUCUGGACAUCUUGGUGUAUGUGAACACACGUCACAGACUCAACGCAGGACUUCAAACUGCUGCUGAAACCUUGGGGUCAAGGAACAUUUCAUUGGGUUUGUCCCCAUCUCCUCCCUUCUCCUUGCUCAUCUGGCUGUCAUCUUUCUUAAUUCUCUUGCCACCACCAUCUGAUUCACCCAGGAUGUACAGCUUACAAUCGAAACAGAGCAAACGGAAGGAUUUUCUGUCGGUGGGAUAUGCAGAACUUGGGAUGUGUGUAUAUAUAAAUAUAUAAUAUAUAUAAAUAUAUAUAAUACUGACUUAAAAAAUCAAAUCCCCCUGACAUACAUUUUUUUUAAUCUGUGCCAAAAAUGUGUUUUAAGAGAAAAUCUUAUUUUCAUACUCA